AUCACCAUCGCGUAACGUAACCAUUAACCAAUCAACGCCUAGCUUUCAUAUAGCGAAAACGAAAGUAGAAGUCGAAAGUUUCUAUUUUUAUCGCUGGAAUUUCCGAAUUUUUAGUGCGUAAUUUUUACAACGUGUAAUUCUCACACACACCGUCUGUGAAAUCGCCAUGUCAAGAUCGUGAAAGUAUUUCAUUGUUUUGUUUGAUUUGUUUGCCAAUAUCUCGCCCUAGACCUUACGUGAAAAGAUCUCAUCACCAACAUUAAAUAUUUGGUUUACUGUAACUGUACAAAAUGGCAGAGUUGACAGUUUCCACGCCGAAGAAACAUCAUUUGCAAGAUCGAUGUGUUUUGUGUGGGAUGGUGUUUUGUAAUGUUGAAAUAACGCCUUCUGGCAGAAAAAUAAAAACGAGCGUGAACAUGAACAAAAAAUUGAAAAUAACGAAACAAACAGUUGAUGAUCUGCAUUUAGUUAUUGAUAUGGACCUGACCUCAACAGAUGCUACUGGGAUUUGCAUUAAGUGCAAUCGACUGGUGAAAGGGGUAGUUGAAAAAUUGCAAAUUAUUAAACAGACCCUCAACGAAUCCAUUGGUUAUAGUCGUAAAUUAACUGUGAAACGUCUGCUGUGGUCCCCUUCAAGUUCCAGUACAACACAACAACCUAUGAAAAAAGUAUUCAGUCCUAAAGUGCAACUGUGGCCUAAAACAAAAUUGAAGAGUGCAUCGGAGUUACAGACGGAGCUGGGCUUUAAACCCUGGAAAUCAUGAUUUUGAAACCUCUGGACCACUGCAACCCCCUUUCCAACAAG